ACACCGUCCCCUGCUCUGUGGUUUCGUCUUUUACCGGAAGAGUACGUGUUUACAGCGCAGCUUUCGCUUCACCUUAGCAUUGCUGAAUUGACAAGAAGUGACUAGGAAUUUAUCUUGUGCUUUUGUAACUAACAGUUUGAAAGUUGUGUAAAAUCACUAAUUUUUCGUCACGUCGCGGUUAGCAUGAUUGUUUGGAGGCGGAGGUGGUGCCGACAAGCAUAGCAAUGACAAGCUGGCUAACGUAGCGCCUAGGUUAGCCAGCUAGGCAACUAACAACACUAGUUAACUUCUCACAUAGCAGCGGUACUUCCAAUACAGUGAAACAGGCAAUCCAGGUCCAGGAACAAGCGUGGUCAUGGGUGCGGAGAGCAGCGCGGUGCGGAGCUAUACCCUGGUGGAGCCACUCCUGACCCUGCCCUCCGGACUCACCAUGUACUCGGCUAUCCUCCAGGAUGGAAAGCCUGCUUCCGUGUUUGUUCACAAGCGGGGCAAUGAGGACAAAGUCAACAAAGGUGCCAAGCACCUGAAGACCUUGAGGCACCCAUGUCUGCUGCGCUUCCUGUCCUGCUCAGUGCAGGACGGCGGCAUCCACUUGGUGACGGAGCGUGUGCAGCCCCUGGAGCUGCUGCUGGACAGCCUCUCCCCAGAGGAAAUCUGCGCGGGCAUCUACGACCUCCUGCUGGCACUUGUCUUUCUGCACGAGAGAGGCAAAUCGAGCCAUAACAACGUCUGCAUUUCAUCUGUAUUUGUCAGUGAGGAUGGUCAUUGGAAACUGGGAGGGAUGGAGACUGUCUGCAAGUUCUCUGAAGCAACGCCUGAGUUUCUCACAAGCAUUGAGAAUGUGAGAGAGGCCACCUGCGUUCCUCCAGAAGAGCUGGCUGAGGGCUUUAAAAUGCUUCCGGAGAAAAAUGCUCACUCUCGGGACUGUUACUCUUUUGGAAUGAUGAUGGAGACCCUCAUUUCUCUCCUGAUUGACUAUCUGUCACAGGAGCUGUCUGACAGUCUGAAGAAGACCCUGCAGGCGGGCCUGCUGAACUCUGACCCCUUGUCUCGACCUCCACUCAGCUCCCUGCUGACUCAUGAUUUGUUCAGGAAUGACUUUCUGGAAGUGAUGAAUUUUCUAAAGAGCUUGACCUUGAAGACUGAAGAAGAAAAGAAUGAAUUCUUUAAGUUUCUUCUAGACCGGGUCCAGAGUCUCCCUGAAGAGCUGAUAGCUGCACGCCUUGUCCCCAAACUCCUCAACUCUCUCGUUUUUGCAGAACCCAUGGCUGUCAAAAGCUUCCUGCCUCAUCUUCUAAGGCCAAAGACGGAUUCCAGUGGUGGUGGUAACGGUGAAGAAUGCCUGCUGUCUGCGUCCCUUUACCGGAAACAUGUGAUUCCUCAGCUUGUUAAGCUCUUCAAGGUCAACGAGGAACACGUCCGGAUCGUGUUGCUGGCUCACAUCCACAUCUAUGCUGAGUUCUUCUCCCACGAUGAACUCAAAAACCAGAUCCUACCUCAGGUUUUGUUAGGAAUGAGAGACACCAAUGAUUCUCUAGUUGCCAUGACGCUGCAGAGUCUGGCGGUGUUGGUGCCCUUGCUGGGGGCUCAAGUGGUGGUUGGUGGAGAGAGAACCAAGGUCUUUAAACGCACCACACCCAACUUCACUAGGUCUACAGAGGUCACCCCUGAAACUUCACCUGUCCAUAUAGUUGGAGGCUCCCAACCUCAGAUGGCCCAGCCUUCAAAAGUCUUGAAUUUGUUCCCCAGACCGUCAGGGACUGAAGGCCUGGUCCUGGGUCACAUGGGUAGCUUAGCGGGUAGUAGGGAGACUCCACAAAGUUACCCUCUGGCACCAAAAUCAGAUGUCAGUAGACAGAUGUCUGUACCUUUGGCGAACGACUUUCGUCAGGACAGUGAGAUGGAGCCACAGUCAUACAGCCUGGAGCAGGCUGACAGACGAGAAGGCCCUGUGGAAGACUGGCCUGACUGGAGCGACAAUGAAGAGAGCCAGAACAGAGAUGGACAGUCAGUCCAGAUCCACAUUCAGGCCUCAGAGAGAGAAGAUCCAGUGAGCAGCAGACUGCCACUCUCAGCCCCGAAUAUGGAAGAGAAGCCGUGGGAUGACUUUGAGGACACUGAACCUACCUCAGAUCUUUUCCCUACUGCUUCUCUAUCUGACCCAGUUAUACUCACACCACCAAGAGGGGGCACUACUACAUCUGUAAAACACGCUCCUGAAGUACUGAGACUGGGUUCCUCCAAACCCCUCAAAUUGACAUCAACACUGCGACAAUCCACACAGAGAAAGACCACUUCCUCAUGUGACGAUGGCUGGGCUCAAGAAGAGACAGACUCCGAAAAAUCACACAGUCUAUUGAACCCCAAGCCCAAGCCUACAGUGCCGCAAAAGAACGGUGAGAUAGGUCUGGGAGAGGAGUUCACCAUUAAGGUGAAGAAAAAGGUAGAGAAAGACCCAGAGCUGGAUUUGUUUGCAGACAUGGUGCCGGACAUCCAGCUGUCCUCUCCAGCUCUGCUGCCACUCGACGAGAGUGAUGCUGGACUGUCUACAGCCUCUUCAGAAAACACCAAAUCUCUGCAGGUUGACUCCUCCAUCGAUACUGUAACACUCACUGCCAAGUUCGCAGCUGCCGACCUCACUGAGACUGAAACAGACGGCUGGGGAGAUGGAGAUGACCUUAACUGGGAGGAUGAGAAUGCCUGGUGAUGACAUUUGAUCUGUCUGCUUCAUCUGAAGCAAGACUUGACCACUGGAAAACUCAAAUCCUCACGAUGCACCACCUCUGGAAGCACCAUUUCAGACAGCCUGUAAGCUGAAAAUUGCUCCAGUUCUCAUUUAACAGCAUGAUGCAGGAAGAAUAAUAAUGGGUUGAGGCUUUUUAUACACUAUUCUGUUGGUUUCCAGACAUUAUCAUUCUGUUCAUUAAGAUAACUUUCUGUUGAACUGGAAGGGUUGGAAGCUUAUGAGAUGGUGCUGGACUUGGGAUUAAGCCAUUCCUAAUUGUUUGCCAAGUGAUACUAGUCAUCUCCAGAUGAAUGAGGAUCUUAAUCAGAGGUGAAUGUCAUCCAGUUUAUCUGCUUCUCUAAAUAUAUUGUUAUUUUUAAAUGUGCCAACUUCACUACUGGUGUCAAGGCGCAAAACACAUCUUGUCCAGAAUGUGUCAGGUUGGAUUUACAGGCUUGCACUUUGAAUGAAUGUGAAAUAGAAAUUACAUAAUUUAUUAGUAGCUUUUUGGUUGCUGGUGAAGUAAAGAUUUUACUGUAUCAAAUAUGACCCUGUUCUGUUUUAAAAAACGUUUGUUAGAUUUACCUUUUAUUAAGUAAUCGCAAUUGUUUAGGGCUACUGACAGCAGCAAUUUACUUGGACUUUCAUAAAAUAAGCUGACAGAAAAAGCAGAUAUGGGUACUCAAUACAGGAAUUUCUCACAAUUUUAAUAAACCAAAACAAGACUCCUGUUUGACUUAGUUCUAAAUAAAAACAAAUGAACAAUGAUUUGUAUUCAAACAAGUUUAAUAAACAAUAACAUCAUUCAAGACUGACCACGGACAGGUUUAAAAAAAACAUUUCAGCAGCAGCAAAGAGUAUACAGACUUUUACAGGGCCAAACUGUAAAUUAAAUAUUUUUUUCUAUACAUGACGUAAAUAAUCUGGGGCUAGAAAACUGGAGCACCUAGGUUGUGUGUCUGGCUGUACGGAUGUGGGUUAUGAGGGUCUGCAGCUCCUGUAGUCUGGAUUCCAGCCACUGUGGAGGUGGUGCAGUGGUGUUGGCUUUACCCUCAGUGAGAGCCUGAAGAGCUUUCAAAGCACUCUCAGCUGUCUGGAUGUAGCGGCUGUACUCCUCCUCCGCACUGGUCUCCUGCCGAGCUCUCUUUGGGCAUGGCUGAGAGGGAGGAAUAAUUACAAGAGAAAUAUACAUCUUUUCAUGAAUUCAAAUUUUCACUCACACCACAUGAUUGAAUUUUGACUUGCUGAGCAGGACAUUAUGUAAUAGUUUUUACUGAGGUAUUUUGCUAAAUAAAUGUACUAUUUUACA